UUCACCAAUAAGUCAUCAUUGCUCCACACGAGAGUCUCCCAGUAGAAGAAAAAAAUUCAUCAUAGAAUUGUUUAAGGGCCGCAAAACAUUUGUUAAAACUUUUGCAAUUUUCUCAUAAAAUACCCGCAUUUUGUUGUAUUUAAAUCGCCAUGGCAUCCAGUGAAGGAACAAAUAAACCAGAACAAAUCAAUUUGGCUAAUUUAAGUUUGGAACAAUUGGUACAAAUCAAGCAAGAAUUUGAGCAGGAAAUCAAUGGCAUCCAAGAGUCCCUGCAAACAUUGUACGAUUGCAAAGCCAAAUAUGCCAGUUCCAAGGAAGCACUAGAAUCAUUCCAACCCGAAUGGAAUGAUCGUCAGGUUUUAGUACCCCUCACCAGUAGUAUGUAUGUUCCCGGUCGUAUUAAGGAUAUGGAUAAUUUUGUUAUUGAUGUUGGUACCGGCUAUUAUGUGGAAAAGAACUUGGAGGGCUCCAAAGACUACUUCAAACGUCGUGUCGAAUAUGUCCAAGAACAAAUUGAGAAAAUCGAAAAAAUUCAAAUCCAAAAGAGCCGUUUCUUGAGUGCUGUCGUAGGUGUUAUUGAAAUGAAACAAUUGGCUGCGGUUAAACAAAUGCAACAACAACAGCAGGCCGCUUAAAUUCGACAAUACAAAAAACAACGACAUCGAUGAUUGGACUCGACGACAGUCCAAUGAGAGACAACACAAAAAACAAUUCACUCAUUUCUGUUUAUUGCACUUUGAAAGUGUUUUUUCAUCAAUUUAAAAAAAAAACGUAUUUAAAGAAGAGCAAACCAAAAUAAAUAAAACUAGCAUUUAAAAUGGAAGUUAAAGAAAAUCAUUACUGAAGAAAUUUA